UGCAGAGCGCCAACACGUUGUUGGGCUCCAGUUGGCUGCGGUGCGCUCAGACUCACAGACGCAAGAAGAAGCAGAAGAAGAAGAAGCAUCAUCUCCACCGGCUGGAGUCAGAGGACACUCCGCACCGCUUCGCCUCCAUCCACCGCCCCGCACCGCCCCGCAGCGCCCCGCCGAUCCCUUUGUCUCUCCCGGCGGUGAGAAGAAGACCACCCGCACGGGAGGAAGAGCAAGAAGACAAGAGGAAGAGAGGAAAACAAAUAUUUAACUCUUCUUUGGACUGAGAGCGCGAUCAACUGUGUGGAAUCGGGACUGGACACUUUUCUUUCUUUCUUUCUUUUUUAAUUUUGUCUUUGUGUGUGUGUGUGUGUGUGUGUGUGUGGUGGGGAGAGAUUCUUGUUCACAUGAGGGGAGUCGGAACCGUUUUGUACAGCGGAGCGCGCGCGCACCGCUCCGUCUUUCCAAUGGAUUUCGCCACACUGGAACUACCCUGGGAAUCAAACUCCUGUUAGAAGUCGCUUUCAGCUCCGAUUUUUCCUCCUUCCUCCAAAAAAAAGAAGAAGUUGUUUCACAAGAAGAGGAAGACGAUGAUCCUCCAAGUGCUCUACGUCCUUCUGCCUCUUUUGGAUGUGUUGUCGCGCGCGGAGGAGAGCGCGCGCGCCGCGCGGCUGGACUGCGUGCGGGCCAGCGAGCAGUGCCUGCGGGAGCAGGCGUGCAGCACCAAGUACCGCACGAUGCGGCAGUGCGCGGCCGGCGGCGGCAAGAACAGCGGCAACUUCAGCAUGGCGGCCGGCAUGGAGGCCAGGGACGAGUGCCGGAGCGCCGUGGACGCGCUGAAGCAGAGCCCGCUGUACAACUGCCGCUGCAAGAGGGGGAUGAAGAAGGAGAAGAACUGCCUGCGCAUCUACUGGGGCAUCUAUCAGACGCUACAAGGAAACGACUUCUUGGAGGAUUCUCCGUACGAACCCGUGAACAGCCGUCUGUCUGACAUUUUCCGGCUGGCUCCCAUCAUAGAGGGCGUCUCGGCCCCGUCGGCUCCAGGCGGGGGGAGGGGCCGGGGGAGCCCCUCCCCCACGGACCUCCAGGACCCCAGUAGAAACAGGAGAGCUCAUCCCAAUUGGGCCGCACUGGGCGAGCCCGCCGUGGCCCGGGAGAACAGAUGUCUGAACGCGGCCAAGGCCUGCAACCUGAACGACACGUGUAAGAAGUACCGCUCGGCCUACAUCAGCCCGUGCACCAGCCGGGUCUCCAGCGCCGAGGUGUGCAACAAGAGGAAGUGCCACAAGGCCCUGCGGCAGUUCUUCGACAAGGUUCCUCCCAAGCACAGCUACGGCAUGCUGUACUGCUCGUGCCCGCUCAGCGACCAGACGGCGUGCUCGGAGCGCCGGCGCCAGACCAUCGUGCCCGUCUGCUCCUACGAAGAGAAGCAGAAGCCCAACUGCCUGGAGCUGCAGGCGGCGUGCAAGACCAACUACAUCUGCAGGUCACGCCUCGCUGACUUCCUGGUGAACUGCCAGCCGGAGCUUCGCUCGCUGUCGGGCUGCCUGAAGGAGAACUACGCCGACUGCCUCCUCUCGUACUCGGGCCUGGUUGGUACCGUGUUGACUCCUAAUUACCUGCGCGUGCCCAGGAUCAGCGUGUCGCCGUUCUGCGACUGCAGCAACAGCGGCAACAACAAGGACGAGUGUGACAAGUUCACCGAGUUUUUCUCCGAGAACACCUGCCUCCGAAACGCCAUCCAGGCCUUCGGGAACGGGACGGAUGUGGGAGUGUGGAGUCCGAUGUCCCCGGUCCAGACCACCUCCUCCUCCGCCUCCACCCAGAGGAACCGCCAACGCAACGCCAUCGACAACAACGUCAACGCAGAGCCCGGCAUCUACCACUUCUGUGGCAGCCUCCAGGCCCAGAAACUGAAGUCAAACUCAACUGUCGAUGGCGUCUUCUGUGUGGACCCUCAGAUCGACGGCCACGGCACGUCCAACGCCAUCGUCAACAACUCGGCCGUCUCCAGGCGGCGCGCGGGCCUCGCCUCUCUGCUGCUGCCCCCGCUGCUCUGGCUGUGGUACUGCAGCCCGCUGGCGCUCUCCUUGUAGCCGCCGCCCCCCCCCCCCGCCCACCCCCCGCCGCCUCACAGACGGACUGACAAAAACACAUUUGUACAAAGACAAAAGCAAACCCUUUCUUCUCUCUGUUCUACAUUUACUUUCCCUUUUCUCCCCCUCCUUUGUGUGAUUUUUUUAAAUGAAUUCUGUGGUUUUUAUUGUUGUUUAUUUUGCAUCCUGGCCGUGAGCUAAAACGAGGGUUCGGCUGUGUGUUCCCGUUGGGUUAGUUUGAAAAAAAAGAAGGGAUUUAAAGCUUCUGUGUUGCUCUCUUGGGCCUAAAUGAGAGAAUACUGAGAGGACUACAUUCCAAUACGCCACAAGAAGGUGACCCCGACGUGUAUCAUGGGUCAGAGUGUGUGUGUGUGUGUCGAGGCCAUCGGUGGGAUCCUUUGCUCAAAAGUCAAGUCGGCUCGGUAACGGCUACAUCGUGUCACCCGGGCCUCUUUCGGUGUUAUUCAGUCUCCUCUGUGGUGUGUGUGUAUGUUUUGAUAAUGACGUGAAUAUUUUUGCUUGACGUCAGAAAAAAAAAACAUUUGAGAAAAAAAAAGAGAAGAAGGUAAGAAUACCGGCGACUUGAAAACAUGGGAGCGGCGGGACGUCUGCGCCCAGAGCGUCUGAACUGUACGUAGCUCAUGCUGAACACACACCGCCGCUGGCAAAAAGCACACAGGCAAAGACCCACAAACACACACAUGAUCACACACGCAGACAAAAAACACGCAAAAACACAAAAAACGAGACGCUUUCUACUUUUUUCUUUUUUCUUUUACACCUGUAGUGAUACUCAGCAGGUCACAUGACGGCAGGUCACACGCUGCUGUGGACGGCUGAAUCCACCCCACUCACGAGUGGCUGUAUAAUUGUUUGUCGAAUUUCACCUCGAAUUAUGAUAAUUUUUUUCUUUAUUUUUCAUGUACUUUUGAUUCACUGCGUCCACACACACACACACACACACACACAAAACAAGCUGAGGAUAAAAUAUUGUCGUCGAGUGUAUAUUCAAUGGUAACUCACAUGCGUUCUUUUUUCUGUCGGGUUUCAGCGUUACGACUUUUUUUUUUGCGUAAAAAACUGUCAUCUGACAUCGUGUGUCGACGAGAGGGUGCGUGACCUCUAACGUUGACCUUUUCGCUUCAACCCCGCUCGUCUCACUCACGUCGCUCGUAACGUCGCGGGGAUGUCGGUUACCGGCCCGCCCCCCUCGGCCGUGGCUCCGCCCAUAGUGUCAGUUUCAGGCCAAUUUGAUAACUUUCGAUAUUCGAGGCCGUAGUUCAAGCUCGGCCGAGCUCGUCUGGACCCUCGCGUACCUUGAAGGUCUUCGUCACCGUGAGAUGUCUCUUUUUAUACCGCGUACACAUCGCGUUAGCGUUAAAAUGUAGGUUUUUUUCUCUCAACGUGAUUCUCAAGUGAAAUGAAUUUCAGUCCCGGAUCGGCACCUUUGGAAUUAAACUCCAUAUUUAUGCAGCUAGAAUCAUAUUCAGCCCGGUGUGUUGUGAGCAGCCAAGAACUCAAACUGCUGAAUCUACUCUUUUCACUUUUGUCUCUUAUUCUUUUGUUACAUUUAUCGACGAAAACGGUCAAAAUUGGCUUCAAACGGUCAAAAUUCAUCGUAUUUAAAAAAUAAAAUAAAACAGUCACAUAGCAGUUCAUGUUCAUUUCUAAUACGUAGACGUGUGUCGAGAAUCAGAGCCAGAAACCCUUUAUUAGGAUGUUUCACAUACAAAGAAAGUGUCGUGGCGGGUGGUGACAAUAGCUGCUUUUCAGAAUAAAAGCAUACGUUGUUGUUGUUGUUUUUAUUCUCCACACAGGAAGUGAUCUUGCUUUUCCGACGCGUGGCACGCCGGCCCGUUCGGAGCGUUGGCGACACGCCACUCGGGUUUACGCAGCUUCUCAAAAAACACGACUCAUAAAAUGUUAUUCAGCGAGCAGAAAUAUGCAGCGUAUGUAAUGGCUGACAACUAAAUAUUGGACUAAUAGACGUCCAGAGCAUUGUGGAUAUUUUGACAUUCAGAUACGAUAUAGAGUGCAUCAAAUAAACCUGAAUAUUGUUUUUUUAUUACAACUUCUGUGUAUAUUUCUUCUGGUAUGUACAUGAUUAUGAAUAUUAUUGCAUCUGAGAAAGAGGAUAUCAACAUUAACUCUCCUGUAGUUCCCAAGCAUAUUGUUUUGUACCAUUUAUGAUGUCGCUUCAACUUUGAGUUUUUUGGCUAAGAUUUUGAACUUAUUUUUCUAUCUUUUAAAAAAUGUUUGUCGUUUUGAAAAAGUUUCCGAGGUUUUCGGCGAUGAUAACUACAAGAAAGACGAUUGUCAACGCAUGAUGAUUGAGAAAGGUUAAAGACAAAUAUAUUCUAUACUAUAACGAUGAAGGCUUUUUUUUCAGGGUGUUUUCGACAGAUGAAAACAAAAUGAAUGUGUGAAGUUUUGAGGGAACGUUUAAGAGAAAUAUUACGAGCUUAUGAGGGUUACAUGACUCAGAAUUGAGUAAUAAUUCAUGUUUGAAUCCCAGUCAUAUCUUCAUAUGACGUCACAGUGGUGGUUCUUCAGAAACAAAAAAACCUGUUAAAGAUGUUGAAUGUGUUUUGCUGUCCAUCUUCCAUAUUCCUCAUCUGUUGUUACAAAAAUACCAAAAAUGGCUUUUUUGGGGGGGGAAGGAUGCAGACUCCCUCAACGCCAUCCGGCAUCGUUAACUUCUUAGCUUGUGAAAAUGUAAAAUCUAUUGUACAAAAAGUUAUAAUUAAAAACUGUUAAAUCACCCAGAA